UUUUUGUUUUAACUUUUAGAAUAAAAUGGAAAACACGAAACAAAUUUCAGAUCUAGAAAAACUGGUUGAAGAUCUAAAGCAGUCAAUAUCUACUUUACAGAUGGGUCAAACUGAGUUGACCCGUGAGCUAGUCUCUAGCAGUAUAUCAGCCAGGAUAAGUGUUGUCGAGAGGAAACAGGAAGAGAUAUUAAGAUUAAUGACCGGGAUUAGAAGUGAGUUGGCAGGUUUAAGCUCUGGUAUGGCGAGGAGAGAUAGUCUUCUACUAGGGUCAGGUAUACCGCUUAGAGACUCUACAGUCAAAGUGCCAGGAGGUGGGGUGGGUGCAGGGAGACGAAACUCACUACUUGUUGAGAAUACAUUGUGUGGACGAGGGGCAAACAGAAGACGAUCUUUAGCUACGGAUAUAUUACUAGUUGGAAAAUCUGGAAAUAUCCCUGUCCUUGAAGUUGAACCCUGGGAACCAUCAGACGAGGUUCAAAUGGUGAUUGAUCGAUUGUUGGAACGUCAGUUUAUUCUAUCCCCCUGGGUUAAAGAGAAGCGACUACGAAAUCAGCUAAGACUUGUCCUAAAAGAUCAUUUAGAGGCAGGUCCGGAGAGGAGGUCUACAAUUACAAAGAUAGUUCAUGAUGCCCAUCAAGUGUUUCCGUUAUGGAGAGGACAGAUUAGAGAAAUUAUGUUUGAGAACUGGUGUACUGUACUAGAUGCUAGCUUGAAAGAAUCUGCCGAAAUUAUUUUUGAAAAAUUCAAGAAGCCAAGGUUCCCUGAUGAAAAUGAUUCCACCCUGUUUUUAACCGAACAUAUGAUAGAGGUUGGGCAGUUCUUGAAAAAGAAGGAGAAAGAGGGUACUGGAGUGACGAAUAGUAAGUUCUGGUAUGAAGUUAGAAAAAAGAUCUGUCAAGUCCUGGACGAAGAGAGAACUAAGGUUUUGCCGAUCAAAGAUGACGAUUCCGAAAUAGAGUAUGAGGAUUAAGAG